AUGGAUUCUAGUAAAUACAGUGAAAUAAAACUCAGCGACUAUAAAUGGAUAAAUGAGCCAAAAAAAUGGCGAAUCAGUGAUAAAGGCCUUGAAGUGACAACAGAUGAGAAAACAGAUUAUUGGGAAGGCACUUGGUACAAUUUCCAUCAUAAUAAUGGCCAUGUUUACGGAGUACAAAUCAAGGAUGAUUUUACUUUCACGGUUUGCGUUGAAGCGGAGUUCUCUCACCUGUACGACCAAGCAGGUCUCAUGAUAUACUUCGACGACAAACAUUGGCUGAAGGCAGGCAUUGAGUACAAUGAUGGACAACCUAUGAUCAGCAGCGUCCUAACUAACGAGCUCUCAGAUUGGGGCACAGGUGUGUUUAUGGGCAACCCGCGCAAGUUCUACCUGCGGCUGUCGAGGAAAGGCGACGUGGUGUGUGUGAAGUACUCGGCAGACAAGGAGCUGUGGACGCUGCUGAGACUGUGCCCGCUGCCGGGCUGUACGCGCGGCCCCUGUGUGUCAGGUGAUCAUGUCCCUGCUUCAUCUCGUCAUCAUAGCCGUUAUCCUUGUCAGCCAAUUCUAAAUCCUCUGUAUCCGCUGCACCAAGAGUGUCAGCCAAUUCUAAAUCCUCUGUAUCCGCUGCACCAAGAGUGUCAGCCAAUUCUAAAUCCUCUGUAUCCGCUGCACCAAGAGUGUCAGCCAAUUCUAAAUCCUCUGUAUCCGCUGCACCAAGAGUGUCAGCCAAUUCUAAAUCCUCUGUAUCCGCUGCACCAAGAGUGUCAGCCAAUUCUAAAUCCUCUGUAUCCGCUGCACCAAGAGUGUCAGCCAAUUCUAAAUCCUCUGUAUCCGCUGCACCAAGAGUGUCAGCCAAUUCUAAAUCCUCUGUAUCCGCUGCACCAAGAGUGUCAGCCAAUUCUAAAUCCUCUGUAUCCGCUGCACCAAGAGUGUCAGCCUAUUCUAAGUCCUCUGUAUCCGCUGUACCUAGUGUAUCAGCUAAUUCUAAAUUCUCUGUAUCCGCUGUACCUAAAGAGUCAGCUUGUUCUAAAUCCUCCGCAUCCACCGCGCCUAAGAAGCCAAUCUAUUCUAAACCCUCCGAAUCUCCUGUACCUGAAAAAUCUAAAUUUUCCAAAUCCAUUGAGCCCGCUCUAA